GACUGAGUGAGAAACACCAUCUCUCUGCCUGACUCUUCAUACCAGUGUGGGCUUCUGUGUAGGUUGCAAUACGACAUUUGUUACUAGAGAUUUAAGAGCUGUGGCAAGAAAGAAAAGGCGUGAAGCGUGGGGGGGAAAGGGUAACGGUGAUAGCUAGAAAAUAACCUAAUUUGCUCAAGUGAAGAGAUACCACACAGGGAUUUUCUAAGUGCCUCCAAUUUGCACAGGCUGGCGUGCAGAGACAUGGAUGUCUUCAUGGACAAGGAUUUCAGUAUGACUGGCAACACAAGUCAUGAAACAUCACGAGCAAGAAUAGAAGGAAACAAAGACCAAGGACUCAACCACAGCGACCCCUUGGACAUGUUCAUAGGCAUAGAGCUCCUUCAGCGAUACAAGCCUCUCUUCCUGCCUCUGUACUGCCUUGUAGUGGUAGUAGCUGUUGUUGGAAACUCCUUCCUUUUGGCUUGCAUCCUGGCUGACAAGAAACUCCACAAUGCCACCAACUUUUUCAUCGGUAACUUAGCAGCAGGUGACCUGUUGAUGUGUUUGACUUGUGUUCCGCUGACAGUGUCUUACGCCUUCGACAGCCAUGGCUGGGCUUUUGGAAGACCUUUCUGCCAUUUGGUUCCCUUGCUGCAGUGUGCCACAGUCUUUGCAUCAGUGCUUUCACUUACUGCUAUUGCUGUGGACCGCUAUAUUGUUGUAGCUCAUCCAGUACGGAGGAGGAUUUCUGUGUGGGGUUGCGGUGCAGUGACUUUGGGUGUCUGGCUUUUAUCUUUGGCCCUGGCCGCACCUCCAUCGUACUACACAGACUACCUGGACCUGCGGCCCACGGGCAUUGACCUGGUAGUGUGUGAAGAAUUCUGGCCAAAUAGUGGCAAUCUGCGGCUUCUCUACUCUUGCUUCAUUUUAAUAACCUCGUAUAUGAUCCCACUGCUGUCAGUUAGCGUAUCCUACUGUGCCAUUACUAUCAGUUUGAAGCGCUAUUCAGUGCCUGGGGAGCCAUCAAACAGUCAGCAGCGCUGGAGCCAAAGGAGGAAGAAGACGUUCUCUCUGCUGGUGGCCUCAGUGCUGGCCUUUGCCCUGUGUUGGCUGCCUCUCCAGGUGCUGAACCUGUUGCUGGACUUGGACCCGGACUUCCAUAUUAUGGGCAAGCGCUACAUAAAUGUCUUACAAGUAUGUUGCCACUUAGUGGCUAUGAGUUCUGCAUGUUACAACCCUUUCAUUUAUGCCUCACUGCACAGCAAGGUGCGAAUGCACCUCAAAGGUUAUCUCUGUCCUUGCCAUAACCACCAGAGAAGGAUGGUGGAGAGAUCCAGUUGAACCCACAAUGCGACUGUAGCAGCUCUUGAUAUGCAGAGCCCAUUCUUAUCCGCAAGCUAGCACCUGCACCCCAGCAUGAGCGUUAAUGUCUGAGACAUCCAGGAGAAUACAAUGAGGCUGUUCAAAAUUUAUUUAAACCAUUUUCUUCAUGCUUUACCAGCAUGUUGUGACGUCAUGGCAUUUAGUCCUUUCUUGUAGCAUCU